UCAGCUGUGUCCAAUCACAGCUGGUCACAUGGCACUGAUGAUCAGUGUGCCCUGAUGAUCAGUGUGGCCCCAGAAGUGCCACCUGUCAGUGUCCAUCAGUGCCAGCUGUCAGUGCUGAACAGUGCCACCUGUCAGUGCCCAUGAGUGCCACAUCAAUGCCAUAUAUCAGUGCUUACCAGUGCACAUCAGUGCCCAUCUGAGCUGCCUUUCAGUGUCACCCAUCAGUGCCAGUCAGUGCCUCCUAUUAAUGCCUAUCAGUGCUGCCAAUCAGUGCCGCCUAUCAGUGCCAGUCAGUGCCGCCUAUCAGUGCCGUCUAUCAGUGCCGUCUAUCAGUGUGCAUCAGUGCCGCCUAUCGUGCCAGUUAGUGCCACCUAACAGUGCCAGUCUGUGCCGCCUAUCAGUACCGUAUAUCAGUGCUGCCUUUCAG